AUGACUUUCCCAACUAUUCAUCUUCGCUCCGAGAGUAGGUCUUACUAGAUCACUGGCCAAAACUUAACCAUGAAUAUUGGCAAACUAAUUGUUCUAUGUAGGUAAACCAUUCGAAGCUCGAUCCGCAUUGACGCCAACGACUGCAAAAGCCUUAUUAGAUGCAGGCUACAGUGUUCACAUUGAGCAUAGCCCGGUUCGUGUGUUCGAUGAUGAUGAGUUCGCCGCUGUUGGUGCAAGUAUGGUUCCGGAGGGAAGUUGGAUUGACGCCCCUUUGAAUCAUCUUAUCCUUGGGCUCAAGGAGCUGCCGGAUGGUGACGGUAUUUUCCUCCAAUCCACCCAUGAAUUCAAAGACACUCCUUAAUAGCAUUCCACUUUCACAUACAACAUCUUCCUAAUCAUUCGCUAACCUCAACUUCUUGGUAGGUUUGAUUCGCCAUACGCAUAUUACAUUUCACCACAUCUACAAAUAUCAAGCCGGCUGGCAACACACUCUACAGCGUUUUCUCCGCGGAGGUGGCAUGCUACUCGAUUUGGAGUACCUGACUGAAACUACAGGGGGGAAACGGGUAGCUGCAUUUGGAUACCACGCCGGCUUUGCCGGAGCUGCUCUCGCACUGAAGACGUGGAGUUGGCAGAAGACGCAUUGCAUGCCAAACGGCAACGAAGCAAUACCACUAUUGCCAGCUGUGGAGCCUUUUCCGAAUGAACAAGCUUUGGUGAAAGAAACAACAGAUGAUAUAAGGAGAGCAGUCGAUGAAAUCCACAAAGAAAAACUUGCAAGAGGAGAUGAGAAAAUAGCGCAACUUCCCAAAGUUCUGGUGAUGGGGGCUCUAGGUCGUUGUGGAUCGGGAGCCAUUGACUUUCUUGAAAGGGCAGGUAUACCAUCAUCCAACAUCUCAAAAUGGGAUAUCGACGAGACAAAAGCCGGAGGCCCCUUUGCUGAAAUUUUGUACUUCGACAUUUUCGUCAAUUGCAUAUUCCUCGCUGAUUCCAUCCCUCCUUUCAUCACUCUUGAAAUGGUGAAGGAGAAGCCUAGGAACUUAUCGGUCAUUGCUGACGUGAGUUGUGAUGCUAUGAGCCCUUUCAAUCCAAUUCCUAUUUACGAUAUUUAUACCACGUUUCGAGAACCUACUGUCCGGAUUCUAGGAGCCAAGAGUGGGGAGAUAGAGAAAGUGUUGGACGUGAUUAGCAUUGAUCACCUACCUACCAUAGUCCCAAGGGAGGCAAGUGAAGCCUUCAGCAAAGGGAUAUUGCCAAAUUUGUUGAAGUUGAAAGAUUGGAAGGAAGAUCGGGCAUGGAAAGAUGUCGAAAAUAAGUUCUUUGAUGCGGUGGUAAAGAUUCUGUGA